ACUUGCUAGCACAAGUUUAAUCUUGGACUCCGGAGCAAGUUCGUGUGGAUACGUUGGAGGCUUCAUACGUUUGGCGCUACGUUCAUCUCCUCAAAACCAUCCCCGACCGUUCCUCCGUUCUCCGUUUUCACCGUUAAGGUAAAUUUCUUACUAUAGCUAGUAAUUUACGUAAGUUGUUCUUGGGUGGAAUCGAGUUUUGGACUAUAAAUUUUUGUUUUCCGCUGCGUUAUCCAAGCCUCGUUUCCCAACAAGAUGAACCUCCGAAUCGUUCUUAACUAUGAGAGGAAACUCUACAUCCUCGAAACGGAUCCUCCCAAGACCCCUGAUGGUAAUGCUCGUGCGUCCGAACUCACUUCCUUCAAGAAGUAUGAGGACGACGCGCGAGAUGUAAAGUGUAUCAUUAUGGCCAGUAUGACCGCGGAGCUCCAAAGGCUCCACGCGGACAUGGAAGUGCGUCCUAUGAUACAAUGCUUGAGAGACCUUUACCAGGGUCAGCCCGAAAACUCAGGUGGAGCUAGGGGUCUCUUGGAAACAGCCUCCCUACUUCCGAGUAGGGGCAAGUUUUGGUUUCGAGAAGAACUCUGACGAAUCUUGUGUAUACAAGAAGGUCAGUGGGAGUGUAAUAGUAUUCCUAAUCUUAUAUUUCGAUGACAUAUUGUUAAUGGUUAACGAUAUUCCCGCUCUCACUUCUGUAAAGACGUGGUUGAGCGAGAACUUCUCCAUGAAAGACUUAGGGGAUGCUAGUUAUGUCCUUGGCAUAAGAAUCUACCGAGAUAGAUCAAGAAAGUUAAUAGGUCUGAAUCAAAGUAUGUAUAUAGAUAAAAUCCUUGAUCGAUUUAGCAUGUCUAACUCAAAGAAAGGAUCUUUACCUAU